AUGUCUGAGAAACCUGACAUCGCUGAAAAUUCUGCAUCUAUUGAUGAUGAUGCUUCAUCUUCUCAAAGUAACCUACACGAAUAUCAUGGGUUCGAUUAUGAUGCUGAACAACGUGUUAGAGACCUAGCCAGAUCUUUAACUCAUCAAAGCGGUAACAUCUCCACUUACUCUAAUCAAGAUGCUGCUACUGAAUCCAUAUUCACUCCUGAUAUGGAAGGUAUUAAUCCUAUUUUUACAAACAAAGAAGCUGAAGAAUAUAAUGAAAAAUUAGAUCCUACUUCGGAAAAUUUCUCCAGUAAAGCUUGGGUUCAAAAUAUGGCUAAUGUCGUCACUUCUGAUCCUGAAUUUUACAAACCUUACUCAUUAGGAUGUGUUUGGAAAAAUUUAAGUGCUUCCGGUGAAUCCUCUGAUGUCGCUUAUCAAUCUACUGUUUUAAAUAUGCCAUAUAAAUUAUUAAACUCAGCUUUCAGAAAGGCUCGUUCUACUAAGACUGAAGAUCGUUUCCAAAUCUUGAAGCCAAUGGAUGGUUGCUUAAAUCCAGGUGAAUUAUUAGUCGUCUUAGGUAGACCAGGGUCUGGCUGUACUACGUUGUUGAAAUCAAUCUCUUCAAAUACUCAUGGUUUCGAUGUUGGUGAAGAUUCUGUUUUAUCAUACGCUGGGUUUACUCCUGAUGAUAUUAAGAAACAUUAUCGUGGUGAAGUCGUUUAUAAUGCUGAAGCUGAUAUUCAUUUACCUCAUUUAACCGUUUAUGAAACUUUAUACACUGUGUCUAGAUUAAAGACUCCACAAAAUAGAAUUAAAGGUGUCGACAGAGAUACUUUUGCAAGACAUUUGACUGAAGUCGCUAUGGCUACUUACGGGUUAUCACAUACAAGAAAUACCAAAGUUGGGGAUGAUUUCGUUAGAGGUGUUUCCGGUGGUGAAAGAAAGCGUGUUUCCAUUGCUGAAGUUUCCAUUUGUGGUUCUAAAUUCCAAUGUUGGGAUAAUGCUACUAGAGGUUUAGAUUCUGCUACAGCUUUAGAAUUUAUUCGUGCAUUGAAGACUCAAGCUACUAUUGCUAGUUCUGCCGCCACUGUCGCCAUUUACCAAUGUUCUCAAGAUGCUUAUGACUUAUUCGAUAAGGUCUGUGUCUUGGAUGGUGGUUAUCAAAUCUACUUUGGACCUGGUAAUGAAGCCAAGAAAUAUUUCGAAGAUAUGGGUUAUAAAUGUCCAGACAGACAAACUACUGCUGAUUUCUUAACCUCUGUCACAAGUCCUGCUGAAAGAAUAAUAAAUCCAGACUUUAUUAAAAGAGGGAUCGCUGUUCCUCAAACGCCAAAGGAUAUGGGUGAAUAUUGGUUAAAAUCUCAAAAUUAUAAAGAUCUAAUGAAAGAAAUUGAUCAGAAAUUGAAUAACGAUAACAUAGAGGAAAGUCGUACUGCUGUCAAAGAAGCUCACAUUGCUAAACAAUCCAAAAGGGCAAGACCAUCUUCUCCUUAUACAGUUAGUUACAUGUUGCAAGUCAAGUAUUUACUGACCAGAAAUUUUUGGAGAAUUCGAAAUAAUGCUGGUGUUAGUUUAUUUAUGAUCAUAGGUAAUUCUGCUAUGGCAUUCAUUUUAGGUUCUAUGUUUUACAAAGUUAUGAAAAAAGGUGAUACAUCUACAUUCUAUUUCCGUGGUGCUGCCAUGUUCUUUGCUGUUUUAUUCAAUGCAUUUUCAUCUCUAUUGGAAAUUUUCACUUUAUAUGAAGCUAGACCUAUCACUGAAAAACACAGAACAUAUUCUUUAUACCAUCCAAGUGCUGAUGCCCUUGCGUCCGUAUUCUCUGAACUACCAACUAAAUGUAUUAUCGCUGUUUGUUUCAAUAUUAUCUUUUAUUUCCUUGUCGAUUUCAAGAGGAAUGGUGAUACCUUCUUUUUUUAUUUGUUAAUGAAUGUUCUUGGUGUUUUAUCUAUGUCUCAUUUGUUUAGAUGUGUCGGUUCUCUUACUAAAACUCUAUCAGAAGCUAUGGUACCUGCAUCUAUGUUAUUAUUGGCUCUAUCUAUGUUUACUGGUUUUGCUAUUCCAAAAACUAAAAUGUUAGGUUGGUCUGAAUGGAUUUGGUAUAUUAACCCUUUGUCUUAUUUAUUUGAAUCUCUAAUGAUUAAUGAAUUCCACGGUCGUAGGUUUGCAUGUGCACAAUUUGUUCCAUUCGGUCCUGCUUAUGCAAAUAUCAAUGGUACUAAUCGUAUUUGUUCUACUGUUGGUGCCGUUGCAGGUCAAGAUUAUGUUUUAGGUGAUGAUUUCGUUAAGGAAAGUUACGGUUAUGAACAUAAACACAAAUGGCGUUCUUUAGGUAUUGGUUUGGCUUAUGUUAUCUUCUUCUUAUUUCUUUAUUUGGUUCUUUGUGAAUUUAACGGUGGUGCUAAGCAAAAAGGUGAAAUCUUAGUCUUCCCUCAAGGUAUUAUCAGAAAGAUGAAGAAACAAGGGAAAAUCCAAGAAAAAAAAGCUGCUGGCGAUAUUGAAAAUGCUGGUGGCUCUAACGUUAGUGAUAAACAAUUAUUGAAUGACACUUCUGAAGAUUCCGAAGAUUCUAAUAGUGGUGUUGGUAUUUCUAAAUCCGAAGCUAUCUUCCAUUGGAGAAACUUAUGUUAUGAUGUUCAAAUUAAGACUGAAACUAGACGUAUCUUGAAUAAUGUCGAUGGUUGGGUCAAGCCCGGUACUUUAACCGCAUUAAUGGGUGCCUCUGGUGCUGGUAAGACUACUUUAUUAGAUUGUUUAGCUGAAAGAGUUACAAUGGGUGUUAUUACUGGUGAAGUUUCUGUUAACGGUCGUUUACGUGAUGAGUCAUUCCCAAGAUCUAUUGGUUAUUGUCAACAACAAGAUUUACAUUUAAAGACUUCUACUGUGAGAGAGUCUUUAAGAUUUUCUGCUUAUCUUCGUCAACCUUCUGAUGUUUCAAUUGAAGAAAAGAACAAAUAUGUUGAAGAAAUUAUUAAGAUUUUAGAAAUGGAAAAGUAUGCUGAUGCUGUCGUUGGUGUUGCUGGUGAAGGUUUAAAUGUUGAACAAAGAAAGAGAUUAACUAUUGGUGUUGAAUUAGCUGCUAAACCAAAAUUACUAGUUUUCUUAGAUGAACCAACUUCUGGUUUAGAUUCACAAACUGCUUGGUCUAUCUGUCAGUUAAUGAAGAAAUUAGCUGAUCAUGGUCAAGCUAUUUUAUGUACUAUCCAUCAACCUUCUGCUAUUUUGAUGCAAGAAUUCGAUCGUCUAUUGUUUAUGCAACGUGGUGGUAAGACAGUGUAUUUUGGUGACUUAGGUAAAGGUUGUCAAACUAUGAUUGAUUACUUUGAAAGAAAUGGUUCCCAUAAAUGUCCUCCUGAUGCUAAUCCUGCCGAAUGGAUGUUGGAAGUUGUCGGUGCUGCUCCUGGUUCUCAUGCAAAUCAAGAUUAUUAUGAAGUUUGGAGAAAUUCUGCUGAAUAUAAAGCCGUUCAUGAAGAAUUAGAAUGGAUGGCUACCGAAUUGCCAAAGAAAAGCCCUGAGACAUCUGCUGAUGAACAACACGAAUUUGCCACUAGUAUUCUCUAUCAAUCAAAACUUGUUUGUCGUCGUUUAGGUGAACAAUAUUGGAGAUCCCCAGAAUAUCUAUGGUCUAAAUUCAUUCUAACUAUUUUCAAUCAAUUAUUUAUUGGGUUUACUUUCUUCAAGGCUGAUACAUCAUUACAAGGGUUACAAAAUCAAAUGUUAGCUAUUUUCAUGUUUACAGUUAUCUUCAAUCCAAUUCUACAACAGUAUUUACCAACGUUUGUUCAACAAAGAGAUUUAUAUGAAGCUAGAGAACGUCCAUCAAGAACCUUUUCAUGGUUGGCAUUUAUUAUUUCUCAAAUCGUUGUUGAAAUUCCAUGGAAUUUAUUAGCUGGUACUAUUGCCUAUUUCAUUUACUAUUAUCCAAUUGGGUUCUAUCGUAAUGCUUCCGAAGCAGGUCAGUUACAUGAAAGAGGUGCUUUAUUCUGGUUAUUCUCUUGUGCUUACUACGUUUACAUUGGUUCAAUGGGUUUGAUGUGUAUUUCAUUCAAUGAGAUCGCUGAAAAUGCUGCUAAUACUGCAUCUUUAAUGUUUACAAUGGCUUUAUCUUUCUGUGGUGUUAUGACUACUCCAUCAAAUAUGCCAAGAUUCUGGAUCUUUAUGUACAGGGUUUCUCCACUAACUUAUUUGAUUGAUGCUUUAUUAUCUGUUGGUGUUGCCAAUGUUGACGCUCAUUGUUCAGAUUAUGAAUUAUUAAGAUUUGCUCCAGCCAAUGGUAUGACAUGUGGUGAAUAUAUGGCUCCAUAUAUCCAAUCUGUUGGUACUGGUUAUUUGAAAGAUUCAUCUGCUACUGAUGAAUGUGCAUUCUGUACUGUUUCUGAUACAAAUUCUUAUUUGGCAUCUGUUAGUUCACAUUAUAAGAAUAGAUGGAGAAAUUUUGGUAUUUUUAUUUGUUUCAUUGCAUUCAAUUAUAUGGCUGGUAUUCUUUUCUAUUAUUUGGCAAGAGUUCCUAAAAAGGGCAAUGGACUAUUUUCUAAAUUCAAGAAAUAA